UUGGAGAGGUCAGAGAGAGAGAUCCGGGGGCGGUAAACCCGCGGCGGGGCGGUUGGGUAGGGCGUUCCGACAUCGUGUCGCAGGCGGAACUCGCGCGUGCACCUGAGCGUGGGAGGUGGGGGCAGAUGGGCAGGUGUGGCGCUUUGGAUGCCUGUGUGGUGAGGUAAAAAAUUGGCUAUUGUCCACAGUUUGAUGCCUUGCUGGAUUACAUGACUGGUCGGGAAAUAAUGGCCAUGUAUGCCAUGUUGUGGGGGGUUCCUGAGAAGAAGAUUAAACCAUAUGUGAAUAAAUCAUUGCAAUCACUGAAUCUGGAACCCUAUGCUGACAAGUUUAUUUACACUUACAGUGGAGGAAACAAAUGUAGACUCAGCACUGCCAUUGCCCUAAUCGGAAAGCCCUCGGCUAUCUUCCUGGAUGAGCCAUCACCUAGCAUGGACCCAGAGGCCCGGCAUCUGCUUUGGAACACAGUGACAAAGACACGUGAAAGUGGCAAAGUCAUCCUCAUUACCUCUCACAGAUGUUUGAUGUUUUGGAGAAAGCUAAAGUGAAAUUCGAUUUAGAAGACUACCCCAUCACUCAGAAAAUGCUGGAACAAGUCUUCCUGACCUUUGCUAACUCAGAGAACAUUGGAGUUGAUUGAAAAAAAAGGUACAAUGAGACUCACUUCUAACUAGUGACAUUUACUAUGUCUUCUGUAGUACUCUUUACUAAGCCUGGAUACAUAGAGGGGCAUAUCUGUAUGUGUACAUCUUAGUGUAUAUAUAUUUAUGUAAUAAAGAUUCCCCCU